AUGCUUGGACGGAGAUGUGUAGAUUUGUGUUGCGUCCAAGAAGUAAGGUGGAGAGGAAGUUCUGUUAGGUUCCUCAAAGACGAAGAACAUAGGUAUAAGAUUUUCUGGGUAGGAAACACUGAUAGGAUUGGGAGCGUGGGUAUAUUCUUUGCUGAGAAAUGGGUUGAUAAAGCAAUUGUCGUCAGAGUCUGUGAUAGAAUACUUAAGUUUAGACUAGUGUUGCAACAGGGAUUAGCAACAAUUAUCUUGGCCUGUGCCCCUCAGGGCUACCUGAUGAACGGGAAGACCGAUUUUAUGACACCCUCUCGCAGACCACCUCGUCGACGAAUGAUGAAUCAUCUCUUUGUGGCUGGUGGCUUCAAUGGGCAUGUGGGAGCUUCCAUCAUGUGCAUCGUGGCAAUGAAUAUGGUUCACGCAAUGAGGAAGAAAUCAGGUUGCUGGAGUUCUGUGAUGCAAAUGAUCUUAUGA